AUCAAUCAACUAUUUUUCGGACAAACAUCAUGAUGGGCCUAUGUGCAAUUCGUGCAAUGAAUUGAACAACGACUCUGAUAGCAUCAUGUGCCGAGCCAUAACUCUUCCUUUCAUCGUAAACAUACUGGAAGUAAAGUUCAUGGCCUUUCAAUGACCUGUCCAGGAUCCUUGUCUGCCCAGUCUUUUGUUAGGCUCCUACAGAUCCACCCAAUCCAGAGAGCCCAUCGAAAAUCCAAAUCGCUUGUGCAGCAUGGAAUGAUGCUGCUAUUCACGUUCCAAAUAAGCGCGAAGGUGUCGCCGAAUUCAUACUCACGCGAUUGCUCAAAAACAAGUAGUGUUGUUGGCAAAACUACCGAAUUUUGCCAACCGGUUCGGCAAAACUGGUUGUGCCCGGUCCUCGGCAGAACUCACGCAAAAGGGGGUGGCAAAACUAUGACUUUUCUCCAGACUCACUCAUCUCCCUCCAUACAAAAAUCAGCCAACGUUCUUCUUAGCCUCCUCCUCGACUUUCACUCUAAGACGCGCACGUUACACGCAUACAUUCAUGCACUCUUUGACGCCUGUGCCUCUCUUCCUUCCAUUAGAUCCCUUGUAUUACCACAAGAAAUUCUACGGCCGCGGACGGACCUCUGCUAUCCUUGCGCACAUCCAUCUUGCCUCGCUCGCAUAAGCGCUCCGCACAUUCUUCACACCCACCCAAGUAAAAGAGGCAGCUCAGAUUGCCCAGACUCCCAAAAACACUUUCAAUACCUACCAAAACCUUUCCUCACUGAUAAAAACUAGCGAGUCGGAAGACAACCCGCAUAAAAAGCGCCAUCUGCGAGUCCAUUGCCUACGCAAGCCAUGCGGGAGGCAGACGCAUAUGCACUUUCCCUUUUCUUCAGUCUCAAGUUCGCGGCUCUGUGCCUGUCGAA